UCUUUUUUAUAUCAAAUUACAAAAUUUUUACUAUUUUUUAUUCUUGCUCACACGACUACAAAUAUACGCAUUUACACUUUUACACUUAUACAACUAUGGAUUCCGAGCUAGUUCAGAACUUUUGUGCGGUGACGGGCGCCGAGCCCGAUGUGGCGGCGGGAUACCUUCAGGUUUCAGACAACAAUGUCGAGCAAGCAGUUUCGUUGUACUUUGAGAAUGGCGGUCAACCUUUGCAUGGAAACACCAGCACGGCACCUGCAGCGCCAGAGGAGGCAGCUGCAGACGCAGGUGCAGCAGCGGACACAAACAGAUUCAUAGAUGAUGAGGUGAGGGCACCCAUUGCCGCACGGCGAGAUGUUCUUGUCGACGGCUAUGGCGGGCACGGCAUCAGCAGCAGCAUGUACGGCGGGUACGCGCACAGCAACUCGCGCGGCACUACUAGGUCGAUAUUCAACCAGGCCGGGGCUGUUGGCCGCGUGCCAUUCCGAGACUUUGCGCAAGAGGCAGCUGAAAUAGCAGGCGAUGACUCUACCUCAGCUGCAUCGGCGACAUCGCGGCGCAGCCGGCUAGCCGAGCUGUUCAAGCCGCCCUUUGAAAUCAUGCAUAUGGGUGACUUUAGUUCGGCGCGGCUGGCGGCGCGGGAGACUGGCAAAUGGGUGAUGGUCAAUAUUCAGGACGUGUCGGACUUCCGGUGUCAAGCUCUCAACCGCGACAUCUGGCGCCAGCAGCUUGUCAAGGACGUGGUCGCCCGAGAUUUUGUAUUUUUCCAAACUUCACUCGAGACGCCUGAAGGCGCAAGGCUGACGAACAUGUACGCCGCUCACUCGUUCCCCUUCAUUGGCGUCAUUGACCCCAAGACGGGCGAGAUGAAGCGCACGUUUACGCGUUUCGAGAAUGUUACGGAUACUCUCGAGGACAUAUCAAACUUUGUCAUGGACUACCCGCUGCCAUUGCGGCAGGAGCCGUCAGCAGCAAGUGGAAGUAGCGCGGCGAGUGCGCGCGGGUUUGGUACAAUCCACAAUAUGACGGAGGAGGAGCAGCUUGCCGCUGCCAUUGCUGCCAGCGAGUUGGAAAGCAGCGACGCACAGCCCCAGCUUAAUUCCGGCAGUCGCGCGAUCCACAUUGGAUCGGACUCAGAGGCAGAUUCUGACUACGACGUCUCCGACAGUUACAGCGAGAUUCACACAAUCUCGAGCGGAUCCGAAGACUACGAUGACGAUGAGGUUGACGACGACGACCACGACGAUAUGGAUGUCGAUUCCGUGUCGGCGGCACACGAGCGCAUGGCCACGCAGCACGCGACAACUGUGGCGGCUCCAGUGCAGCAGGCUGUUGACAUGGGCCCGGGUGCCUGGUACAGAGCUCUGCCAAAUAUUGUGCCGGUAGAGCCUGAUCUCGGCCCCUCAGUCACCCGCAUCCAGCUGCGGUUCCCUAAUGGACAGCGUGUGGUCAGACGGUUUGCAAAGUCUAGCAAAGUUUCGUCUAUUUUCCAGUUUUUGAAGACUGCGAUUCCUGAAGCCGCCGCUGAAGUGCCUGAGGUUUUGUUCAUGGGCAACCGGUUGGCCGACAUUGUUGAGCAGACAAUUGAGGAGGCCAAGCUGGUUAACGCAUCGAUUGUUGUUGAUGUUUAAAUUUUUUAUGGAGCAAUGGUCUUUAUUUAAACAAAGCAUUUUUUGAAUUGAGAUUCUGCCCCUCUUUGUUUAAAAAAAAUUACUGACUUUGCUG